AUUUGUUCUCUAAAGCAGCGUCAUGUGACUUCCAUGCUUUCUUAACUUGUUUUCUCUUUCUUCUCGUUUUUUCUUAUUUUCAUGCUUACAAUUGCGAAUUGAAACUCUCCCAAUUGUAUUCUGCUACUUCUUUUCGAUGUUUCUGAACUUUCUCUUUUCUGUUGUUUUCGCUUGUUCUAAUUCCUGUUCUAUAUUGAACUCAUGAUACCCUCUUCUCAUAUUCUUUUUGCACGCUUAUUACCACUGGUUUCUAUAAUUUCUUUUAGCUUGAUAUCUUCCUGCUGUUAUUGUCAUGAAAUUCUCUACGCUCACGCGCUCAGACACCGCUCAGGAAACGCCAAUGGUUUAGCCAUUUUUAUUGGGUAGCUAAUAUUUUUAGAUUGACUGGAACCCUGCUUGCCUCCUCUGCUCUUCCUCUUCUACCUUUUUAAAACUUAUUCACAAAUUUGGAAUCUCUGUCUUUUGUUAAAUUGAUAUAUCUUUGACUAGCAAGGGGACAAAGAAGGGGUAAAAUGUCGGUAGGGGUGCUGGCUCUGCAGGGCUCUUUCCAUGAGCACUUGGCAGCUCUUGGGAAACUUGGAGUGAAGGGGUUUUUGGUAAGAAAGCCAGAGCAGCUGGAAGGGAUUUCAGGACUAAUAAUUCCGGGCGGGGAGAGUACUACGAUUGCAAGGCUUGCAGAGUAUCACAAUUUUAUUCGUGCAUUGCGAGAGUUCAGCAACAAAGGACAGCCUAUAUGGGGCACAUGUGCGGGACUUAUUUUCUUGGCAAACAAAGCAGUUGGGCAGAAAGAAGGGGGCCAGGAACUUAUUGGAGGACUGGAUUGCACUGUCCAUCGUAACUUCUUUGGCAGCCAGCUAAACAGUUUUGAAACAGAACUUCCAGUUCCUGAACUUGUUGCAAAGGAAGGCGGACCCAAAACUUUCCGUGCUAUAUUUAUUCGUGCUCCUGCCAUUAUUGAGGCAGGUCCAUCUGUUGAAAUUCUAGCUGAGUACAGUCUUCCAUCAAAGGAAUCAAAAGAGAUGUGUUCUGAUAGUGCAAAUGAGGAGAAAAGUCAAGGAGAAAAAGUCAUUAUAGCUGUGAAGCAGGGACACUUAUUAGCAACAGCUUUUCACCCAGAGUUGACAUCAGACACUCGUUGGCACAGUUAUUUCCUAAAGAUGGUAUGUGAUAGCGAACAUACAACUUCAGCAUGCAUAGGAUCAAAGGAAGAUCCAGAAAGAAUUCAACAUUCACCUCAACAAAGAGAUCUCCCAAUUUUCCAACAAACAGAAGGAUUAAGUUUUGAGUUGUGAAAAUUCAAUAAAUAUUCAUUCUUUCUUUAUGACUUAGGUAUUCUUGUUAAUUUCUAACAGUAAUUUGUUUCAAACUGGUAUAUUCCAUUCUCUUAAAAGUUGGGAAGAUGUAUUUUGUUCUAGAUUUAUUGAAAUUUGUAUUUGUUAUCAUUUAUGAUUUUGCAUUAUGCUCCUGCAUACUACAUGGCCUGGCCUGUGUUAUGCUCUAAAGAGAUUGUAGCCAAACCUUGCAACCUUGCAUAUAUAUUAUUUAAACUAAUUUAACUUAA